UUAGGGUUUCUUAUUUAGCCAGCUUCGCAUACCCAGAUUCCUAAAAUUUCUCUUUCUCUCUGAUUCACCAUUUCUUAAAAGCCCGUCAAUUUUUUUUCUGGGUUUUUGUUGAUUUUACAAUCCGGAGAUAGAGAGUGAGAAAAGAGAGUGAUGGAGGAGGGAAGUCUGUGGCAACAAUGGAGUAUGUUCAGAUCCCUGCUAGCGAUUCUUCAAUGGUGGGGUUUUAACGUUACUGUUAUCAUCAUGAACAAAUGGAUCUUCCAGAAACUGGAUUUCAAGUUUCCAUUGUCGGUUUCAUGUGUUCAUUUCAUAUGUUCGUCGACUGGAGCAUACAUUGUGAUAAAAGUCCUGAAGAUUAAACCUUUGAUCGUGGUUGAUCCAGAAGAUCGAUGGAAGAGGAUUUUCCCAAUGUCGUUCGUCUUCUGUAUCAACAUUGUGUUGGGGAACAUCAGUCUUAGAUACAUCCCUGUCUCUUUUAUGCAGACUAUCAAAUCCUUCACUCCAGCAACAACAGUUGUGUUACAGUGGCUGGUAUGGAGGAAAUAUUUCGAGUGGCGUAUUUGGGCGUCGUUGGUUCCCAUUGUCGGUGGGAUUCUUCUGACUUCUAUUACAGAACUUAGCUUCAAUGUGUUUGGAUUCUGUGCUGCUUUGUUUGGAUGUUUAGCUACCUCUACAAAGACCAUUCUUGCGGAAUCUCUUCUUCAUGGAUACAAAUUCGACAGCAUAAACACGGUAUACUAUAUGGCGCCUUUUGCGACCAUGAUUCUCGGUGUACCAGCAUUUCUACUUGAAGGCAAUGGAAUUUUGGAUUGGUUCCAAGCACACCCGUCUCCAUGGUCGGCUCUCAUCAUUAUAUUCAGCUCAGGUGUUCUAGCUUUUUGUCUUAACUUCUCCAUCUUCUAUGUCAUUCACUCCACAACAGCAGUCACAUUCAAUGUAGCUGGAAACCUUAAGGUUGCAGUGGCUGUUUUGGUCUCGUGGAUGAUAUUCCGAAACCCGAUAUCACCGAUGAAUGCUGUUGGAUGUGGAAUCACACUUGUGGGCUGCACGUUUUAUGGAUAUGUAAGGCACAUGCUUUCUCAGCAACAACCUGGAACUCCUAGGACUCCUCGUACACCAAGGAACAAGAUGGAGCUGAUCCCUCUUGUAAAUGAUAAACUCGAGGGUAAAGUUUGAACAUCAUCGGUAUAUCCAAAUUCUCCGGACUUUUGGGAGCAAAAGACAAGUACUCACACAAAGGUACAUUUGAUCUUGAACAUUCCCAAGAAUCUUCAGUUUUUACUAUGUGUGUUCUUUUUUUUGUUUGUUCAAAAUUAGAGAAAAUUACCAUUUUUAUAUGGUUCCUAA